AUGCUUCUCUUCUCAGUUGUGCUGCUCAUUACCCACGCCACGGGGGCGGACCCAGGAUGUGGCGAGAGGCCCACUUUCGAGGACCGGAAGAUGCGGUAUUCCAGAAUCGUCGGGGGGCUGGAGGCUGAGGUGGGUGAGUUUCCGUGGCAGGUGAGUAUCCAGGCAACGAAUCAACAUUUCUGUGGCGGCACCAUCCUCAACUCGUGGUGGAUCCUCACAGCUGCUCACUGCGUGAUCGGCGAGUUACCCACAGAGGAACUGAGUGUCGUGCUGGGGAGCAACGACUUGACCAGCCCACGUCUGGAAAUAAAGCCGGUCAGCAGCAUAGUUUAUCACAAUAAAUUUAAGAGWCAAAGCAUGGACAACGACAUCGCCUUGCUGAUGGUGGCCUCGCCCAUUGAGUUCAGUAGCCUGAUAGUGCCCAUCUGCAUGCCCCCAGAGCCCAUGCCUUCCAAGUGGCACAAGUGCUGGGUGGCAGGGUGGGGCCAGACCACUUCAGCUGACAAAGGGUCUAUGAAAACCGAUCUGUUGAAAGUGCCAAUGGUCAUCAUAGAUUGGAAUGAAUGUGCAAAAACGUUUACAAAACUUACCAAAAAUAUGCUGUGCGCAGGAUUCAUGAACGAGAGCUACGAUGCCUGCCAGGGCGACAGCGGGGGGCCCCUGGUCUGCACGACCGAAGGAAGCCAGAAGUGGUACCAGGUGGGCAUCAUCAGCUGGGGCAGGAGCUGUGGGCAGAAGAACACCCCRGGAAUAUACACCUCGCUGGCCAACUACCAGCCCUGGAUCAAGAACGUCACCCAGGCGGAGGGGAGGCCCUUUGACACCGAGCACACGAGGUCCACCCUGAAACACAAGUCCAGGGACUCCAGGUCCUCGGGGUGCUCAGAGCUGGGCAGCCCCAGGUGCUGGCUCCUGYGGGGGCUUCUGUCCUGCCUCCUGCUCAGGGCCGUUUUCAACGGGUAA